UUCCUACUCUUCCCCCGGCCCCUCUCUUUCUCUCCUGCAGCUGGAAACAUGGCGUCUCGCAAGGAAACCGUCCCUGCGGCCGCCAGCCCCGAAAUCGCCGUGAAGCAAGUGCAGAUAGACGGGAUGGUGCUGUUAAAGAUCAUUAAGCAUUAUCAGGAGGAGGGCCACGGAAGCGAGGUGGUCCAGGGUGUCCUGCUAGGCCUGGUGGUGGACGAUCGGCUGGAAAUCACAAACUGCUUCCCGUUCCCGCAGCACACGGAGGAGGAUGCAGAAUUUGAUGAAGUCCAGUAUCAGAUGGAGAUGAUGCGAAGCCUGCGUCACGUCAACAUCGACCACCUCCACGUCGGCUGGUACCAGUCCACCUACUACGGCACCUUCGUCAGCCGCGCCCUGCUGGACUCCCAGUUCAGCUACCAGCACGCCAUCGAAGAGUCUGUGGUGCUCAUUUACGAUCCGAUUAAGACUGGCCAGGGUUCGCUGUCUCUCAAGGCUUACCGACUGACGCCGAAACUGAUGGAGGUCUGCAAGGAGAAAGACUUCUCUGCCGAAGGAUUGAAGAAGGCAAACAUCGCCUUUGAGCACAUGUUUGAGGAGGUUCCAAUUGUUAUCAAGAACUCGCAUCUCAUCAACGUGCUCAUAUGGGAGCUGGACAAGAAGGCACCUGUAGCUGAGAAACACGAGCUCCUCAGUCUGUGCAGCAGUAAUCACCUGGAGAAGAGCCUUCAGCUCCUGAUGGACAGGGUGGAUGAAAUGAGCCAGGACAUUGUGAAAUUUAACACGUACCUGAGGAAUGCCAGCAAGCAGACGCAGCAGAAACACCAGUAUGUUCAAAGACGGCAGCAAGAAAACAUUCAGAGGCAAACCCGCGGGGAACCGGUGCUGCCUGAGGAAGACGUGAAUAAACUAUUUAAGGCUCCCCUUCCGCCACCUCGAAUGGAUUCACUUCUCAUUGCAGGUCAAAUCGAUACUUACAUCCAGAACAUAAAGGAGUUCACCUCUCAGAACCUUGGAAAGCUGUUCAUGGCGGAGGCAUUGCAGGACCAAAGCAACUGAAGUCAGCAGCGGCCCGUCCCUGGGGGCCGUCUCCAGAGACCGCGCGGGGCGUCGCUCACACGGCUUGUGUUAACAACAUUGAUCUUUUGCUAAAAUAAAAUGCACGUCUUUUAACAUUG